GUCAGAGAACAAAAACCGCUCUCUACCCUACUUCGACGGCAGGACAGACGAAGGCGCCGCUGCCAGCUAGACGCUAUCCGCUUGCGAGUUUCUUCCUCGACCUUUAAAUUUUCUCUGAUAUUCUUCUUCUGCGCUCCAAGAGUAUGGGUGUUACAAAGGAGCAGUUGCUUGCGCGCUUGAAGUGAAGAGUAUGGCUGAAAAUUUUCAUUUUCAUGGUGCUUUGCCCUGCGAUGGUACUUCAGGAGCUCGGAAUCAAAUUUGAGCAGUACGAACAUCCUGCUGUUUUAACUGUAGAAGCCCAGGAAAAAUAUGUGGGGGACAAAGGAGGUGGACUCAGAGAAAAUUUAUUCUUGAAGGACAAGAAAAGUAGGUUCUACAUUUUUUCAGCUCUUGCAGGUGCUAAAGUUGAUAUGAUAGAGGCUUGGUUUGGGGAAAGGGGGCAUAAGAAUGGCUCCGGACGACGCAUUAGGACAGCUACUUCAGAUAUUCAAGCUCGUGAUCUAGAUAAAUUUCUUAAAUCAAUUGGGAGAGAGCCCUCAUAUAGUUACCUUGAGGCUAACCCACCAGUAGGGAAAGACCAACCUCUGGAUCUAGCUAUUUUUGUACCAUCUUGUACAAUUGAUGUACCAGAUGCUCUUGAAAGCAGUACGCCAUCACAAUUUGUGAGUGAGAGUUCUCUUCCGAUUCAAAAGAAGUCCACACCGGCCUCAGGUACUUGCAUGUAGAUCGGUUAGUUACAGACUUAUCAUGCCAACUAUAGUUUGGUUCGUAGAAGAUAAUUUGAAUUUGGGUGGUUUUACCUAUUUGCAUCUCAACACCAGUUUGAAUAGGAUUUGAAUGUUGCACAAUAUGUUUACCAACUAUUGUCAUGUACUCUUUAACAGCUAGUUGCCACAUCCUGUCUAAAUGGUUGG